AGCCAAGGCCAUUCGAUAAAGUCACACAAAUGUAAUAAGUUAUAAACACCCAAAAAAUCAAAAAUAUAUACAUAUUUUUUUACACACAUCUCACAUUUCAGUUUUCACAGUCACAAGGCACACAACAUCAAAAACAAAUAAAAUAAAAUAUAAAAUCUGGCAAAACGCGUUGAACUAAACUGUGUAUUGAUGACAAAAAAUUGCUAUUUUUAAGUUGUUUAUUAGAAAAUUAUCAGAAACCAAAACGGGAAUAAUGGUACGUCCGGGACGCCGCAAGUGUCUGGAGGAGGUGUAUGGCUCCAAAUUGGAUUCUAUACAUCCGGUGAAAUCACAUGCAGCCACAGGCAUGGCUAUUACCAACUCGACCACAAUGAGGACUGAACGGAAUGGCAUAACUGGUGGUAUUGGUGGUGGUCGUGCUGCAGGAGGCGCCAAUGGAAUAGGCCUGGCCAUGGGUAUAGGUGGUGCGGCUGGAGCGGCGACUACACGAAAAACAGAAGCACGCACUCAGCGCAGUUUUGUUACGGCCAAUGAUUAUUAUAUUACAACAAAUUUGCCAAUAACCGAAUCCAAUUUAAGAAAUGCCUCCAGUGCCACACAGGGCUCUAAUUUUUCGUCGGCGGUACAGGCCAAUCCUUAUGGUUCACCCUAUAAUGCCAUGUCCUCGCGUCGUAGUACUAUGCUUGGCAAGGCCACUGCUCGCCAGCAUCAGUCGCAGCAGCCGAAAGUGCCUCAUUUUGCCCUACCCGAGAGCAGCAGUAAGCCCCAAGGCACUUCCAGUGGGAUGAUUAAGCCAAAGGAUCAGCAUCGCGUACAUGGAGGAGGCCAUAACAAGUCUAUGACACAGCGUCCGAGCUAUGUUGCGGCUGCACAUAAUGCCGUUGAUACCAAUACUGGCACCGAGUUCUCGGACAAAGAGCUCGUGUUGCCCGCCGCUGGGGAAGGUCGCACGCGUCGUUCCCAUUCACAUCAGCAUAAACAUCAGCAUCAGCACCAGAAUGGGCAUAUGCAGCAAGCACAUCCUCUGCAGCAUCAAUUGCAUCAACAGCAGCAAUCAAACUAUGCUCAAGGGGCUCACAAUCAUGUCCAUCAGAAGCAUAUGCACACCACUGCUCAUCCAUCGAAUGGUCAACAUUCGCGUCAGCGUCAGCUUAACAUUCAGAUGCCUGGCCACGGAUCUGGAAUGCCUGUCAGCAAGACGCAGGUAACUCCAGCAACUGAUGAUGACAAGGACGAGGAUCCUGAUGAGUUUUUUGAGCUAAUACGUCAGACAGUCCAAACGGCAAUCGGUAGCACCAUAUCGGAAGUUCUUCGUACCAACUUUCGAGAUUUGAGUCAUAAAUUAGAUCUAUUUACCGGUGAACUAAAGCAGACCAACGAGCAUUUGAAUAAACUACAGGAUCAUGUUACCAGUAAGGUGGUCCACUAUGGCGAAGAGAAUUCGCGUCAUUUUCGUUAUCUCUGCAUGAAAUCAGAGUAUGAUAAAAUGUUCUAUCAACAUCAUACUAUGCUGGCUGGCAAGCCAAUGCUAUCGGAGGCUGGAGCACGGCAAUCACAGGUUACUCUGACACCACAAGCUCAAGGGAUUGAGAAUCCGAAUGGGAAACCCAGUUCGAAUUUUAAAUAUGCAUCAAAGUUGGCCAAGCAUCUAAAUGCCCAGAAGUUAAACAAGAACAAUGGGAAUAAGGAAACUAUCGAUGGCAUUAAAGUGCAGAAUCCUUGCGCAUGCCACACCACUUCGAAAGCAACAAUUCACCAGCCGCAGCAACAGGCGGCCGAUUCCCAAAAAACUGGAUCGGAGGAAAGUAUCUGUUUGAAGACCUCGGAACUGGAAAUGCGUGAAGUGUUGGGGCAAAUUCAACGUUUCUGUAACAAAAUGCAGUUAGGUGAUGUCAAGGAAGACGAUAAAUUGCCAUAUAAUCUAGAGGAUGGGAUGAAACCCAGGACCCCAGUGCCGCCACCGAGCAUUAGCUCAGAGGAGAGUACUCUUAAGCCUAUUAGCUCGAAGUCCAAACCAAAAGAUGUCGACAGUGAUCUGGAAACGCCAGUGGAUAGCAUGGAUGAGACAUACAUUGAAAUGAAUGAGUUUCAAUAUAGCUCCGAGGAUAUAUCCUCAGCCAGUGAUGAUGACUCUGAUGCAAAAUAUCAGGCAGGAGCAACCACUUCUCGUACUACUCCCUUGAAAGCAAUUCGAAUGACUGCACGCUCCUCUCAUAAAGGAGCCGGCGACGGGCAGUAGAAACAGGAUCAGAUGCAACCAGACACACACAUAUAUAUACAGAAGAAAGAGGAGGAAGAGGAGAAUGAGAAUUAACAAAUCACACAAAAACUCCUUGUUAAGUGUUUUCUUUAUUCGAUUUAAGAUGUGACCAAAAUUUCAAAAUAUUUGUGCUACGGCUAAGUUGCAUACAUCAAGGCAAAUUUCGGAAAAUUUUUAGUUUAACGUGUAUGUAAUAAUAUUGUCAAAGAUUUUAUGUUAAAAUGCGGGAAAUCUGAAUAAAACACCCCGUGUCAGCAAAUCGUCUUAGACAUGGGCAUCGUGACCCACA